AUGACGGCAGGGGCCGCGGUGGAGUUGCUCUCACCGCGCCGCGCUGUCAAACGGAACCCCCGCGGUGCGAGCUGCGCAACCAACCUCCUUGGGUCUGUCCAUCUCCCUCCACCUGGCUUCCAACCAACCCCCCGGGCGAGCCGAUCAGCCAGAAAGACACCUUCGAGCAGAACACACUUUUCUUGGAAGCAGCCCACAUCCCCAGAAAUGUCCCAUCAUCAGACACCCGCCGCCUUGGAACGUCAGUACUAUUCUGAUGAAGAAGAUGACUUUUACGAGCAAGGAGUCACCGAUGCACAAAUCCCUCUUGGAAUGAGGCAAGAGGGUUAUGGUGAGGGUAACUUCAAUGACCAGUAUCUCCAGCAACAGCAAUUCCUGCUCGCUCAAGCUGCAGUGGCUCAACAACAAGCACAAGAAGCUGCUGUGGCUCUAGCCGCCGUUCCUGAACCCGUCCGGAAGUACAUCAUCUAUCUGCACACGACCUUGCUCUCUGCGAACCCUCAAGAAAUCUUCGCAGCUUAUGAGGGAGGUUGGAACCGAUUGACAGACAAAUUUUACCAAAAGACCGAGUGGCCCGAAGCCGAUAUCAUCGCUCCCUUGGUGAACAACGACGAAGUGUUCUUGUUGUUUUACAGGGAGUUAUACUACCGACAUGUCUACUCUCGUUUACAGCCAGACAUCGAUGAUAGGUUCCAUUCAUACGAGAACUACUGCUCGAUAUUCAACUACAUCCUUAACUCCGAAGGACCUGUCCCAUUAGAUUUACCCGUCCAAUGGCUAUGGGAUAUCAUCGAUGAAUUCAUCUAUCAGUUUGCCUCCUUCACCACUUGGAAAGGUAGGAUGGGGCGCAAAACUCCGGAGGAAAUUCAACUCAUUGCCGAGAACCCACAAGUUUGGUCCUGUUACAGUGUUUUGAAUGUUCUUUAUUCGCUCAUCACCAAAUCGAAGAUUCAAGAGCAAUUAGCUGCUACACGAAAGGGCGAAGAUCCCGACGAGGUUGGUGGCGAAUGGGGCGCUCGACCUCUAUACCGCAUGCUCGGUUACUUCUCGAUCAUCGGCCUACUACGAGUUCACGUUCUCCUCGGAGAUUACACUCUAGCCCUUCAGAUGAUGAAUGAUGUCGAAUUGACCAAGAAGGCUUUGUUCACCCGUGUCAACGCUGCCCAUGUGACGGUUCAUUACUACGUCGCUUUUAGCUAUAUCAUGCUUCGCCGAUAUCCCGAUGCGACACGAUCCCUCACUCACAUUCUGUACUUCCUUCAACGCCUGAAAGGUUACCACACCCGAGGCUAUCAGUACGAUGCCAUCAACAAGCAAGGUGAUCGAAUGUAUGCGCUCCUGGCCAUCUGCCAGGCUCUUUCGCCUAGCAAGAUUGACGAGAGUAUAUCGAGCACAAUGAAGGAGAAGUACGGCGAGCAGUUUAGCAAAAUGCUCUCUGGCGGUGAAGCUUCACUUGCUAGCUUCCAAGAGCUCUUCACCUUUGCCUCUCCUAAAUUCUUGUCGUUAUCUUCUCCACCAUACGACCGACCCGAGCUGUUACCUCAAUAUGUUGCCAGCAGUAGUCCCAGUGAAAACCCUAGUGCUCAUCAUCUGAAGCUUUUCCUCUCGGACAUCCAAACUCAGCUCCCGACUCCUAGCCUCCGCAGUUUCUUGAAGCUCUACACAACCCUCAGUAUCAACAAACUAGCAGGGUUCUUGGGCGUAGACGAAGAAGAAGUGCUUGAGAGUUUGAUGGUCUUGAAAGCCUCAAUGCGUAGUGUCAGACGCUCCGAUGGUGAUUAUGGGUUGAUCGAAGGUAAAGAAGUUGCGCUUGGAGACAUGGACUUCGCGAUCGAUGGAGAUAUCGUCAAGGUGACUGAAACCAAACCUGGAAGACGCUUUAACGAGUACUUCAUCAGGCACACUGAUAAGGCCCGAACAAUGUACGACCAAUUGAUGGCCCAACCCCUCCCGAUCCCACCCAAACCUGCUUCUGCUCAACCAGCUACUGCUGCCACUGAAACCGGAACUCAAGACAAGCCCCCUGUCUGGGUUCCUAACAUCAAGGCCGCUGGCACAAAAGCUUAAAAGAAUGGUCGCCAUUCCAUAUAUGCUUGUUCCUCUUCUUACUAUGCUUCACUUUUCUUUAGAAAUUUAAACCCUUAUUAACCUUUCUAUAUUUAGAAAUCAACAAACUUGAAUCCUAUCCUCCCGGUCUUGACAGCAAGGCUUGGCCCAUCACAUCCAAGCUCACCCCCGAGUAUUACCCGUUUUCUAUCUAUCUUCCAAUGUCACUCCUUUUCAAACUACAGGUGUUUUAUCCUGGUCCAUCCUCAUCCUCUUGUUCUUUUGUGACUUAUUUCUUGGUCGUUGGAAUAUUGAUCCGUAAGGUUUGACUGUCAGAUAGAGCUCUUUGAUUUGAUUUGAUGAUUGAUUCAGAUGCCACAAAAAAGCAUUUUGCAAAACUAGAGUCUUGGGAAUGACAUGAUAGGCAAUGGAGGUUCUAAAACAGUAAUUGCUUGGAA